CGGGAGACGUCAGUGGCUAGGCGCAGAGGACGAGGGACCUUCAAACUCCUCCUCGGAGGCUCUUCUCCACCCCCUUUGGCCCCUGCCCUUGGAGAAAGUGGAGUGUGGCGCUCGGGCUGCUGUUAUUUCUCAGGACUGCCUGGCGGUGGCCAGAUUCAGCCUCCUGCCCGGCGGGGCUCUCUGCUGUUCGCGCGUCUCUUGGUGGCGUUCCCCUUCCCCGCACACCUCUGCCGACGAUGAGGAAAGGUCUACGGGCGACAGCGGCCCGCUGCGGACUGGGACUAGGAUACUUGCUGCAGAUGCUUGUGUUACCUGCCCUGGCCCUGCUCAGCGCCAGCGGCACCGGUUCGGCCGCUCAAGAUGAUGACUUUUUUCAUGAACUACCAGAAACCUUUCCAUCUGACCCACCUGAGCCAUUGCCACACUUCCUCAUUGAGCCUGAAGAAGCUUAUAUUGUGAAGAACAAGCCAGUGAACCUGUACUGUAAAGCAAGCCCUGCCACCCAGAUCUACUUCAAGUGCAACAGUGAGUGGGUUCACCAGAAGGACCACGUAGUAGAUGAGAGAGUAGACGAAACCUCCGGACUCAUUGUGAGGGAAGUGAGCAUUGAAAUUUCACGCCAGCAAGUAGAGGAACUGUUUGGGCCCGAAGAUUACUGGUGCCAGUGUGUGGCCUGGAGUUCAGCAGGCACUACGAAGAGUCGGAAGGCGUAUGUGCGCAUUGCCUAUCUACGGAAGACAUUUGAGCAGGAACCCUUGGGAAAGGAAGUGUCUCUGGAACAGGAAGUCUUACUCCAGUGUCGGCCACCUGAAGGGAUCCCAGUGGCUGAGGUGGAGUGGCUAAAGAACGAAGACAUCAUUGAUCCUGAAGAAGAUCGGAAUUUUUAUAUUACUAUCGAUCACAACCUGAUCAUCAAGCAGGCCCGGCUCUCAGAUACAGCAAACUAUACCUGUGUUGCCAAAAAUAUUGUUGCCAAGAGGAAAAGCACCACAGCCACUGUCAUCGUGUAUGUUAACGGUGGCUGGUCUACCUGGACAGAAUGGUCUGUGUGUAACAGCCGUUGUGGACGAGGAUAUCAGAAACGUACGAGAACCUGCACCAACCCAGCCCCACUCAAUGGUGGGGCCUUCUGUGAGGGGCAGAGUGUGCAGAAAUUAGCAUGUACUACGUUGUGCCCAGUGGACGGCAGGUGGACAUCAUGGAGCAAAUGGUCAACCUGUGGGACUGAAUGCACCCAUUGGCGCAGGAGAGAGUGUACAGCACCCGCACCCAAGAAUGGGGGCAAGGACUGCGAUGGCCUGGUUCUGCAAUCCAAGAACUGCACCGAUGGGCUGUGCAUGCAGGGAUUCAUUUACCCCAUUUCAACUGAACACAGAACCCAGAAUGAAUAUGGAUUUUCUUCUGCUCCUGACUCAGAUGAUGUGGCGCUGUACGUUGGGAUCGUGAUAGCUGUCACCGUUUGUCUGGCGAUCACUGUGGUGGUGGCCCUGUUUGUCUACCGGAAGAACCACCGUGACUUCGAGUCUGACAUCAUUGAUUCCUCAGCACUCAAUGGCGGCUUUCAGCCCGUGAACAUCAAGGCUGCCAGACAAGAUCUCCUGGCAGUCCCCCCUGACCUCACUUCAGCUGCAGCCAUGUACAGGGGACCUGUCUACGCUCUGCACGAUGUCUCAGACAAAAUACCAAUGACCAAUUCGCCAAUUCUGGACCCACUGCCCAACUUGAAAAUCAAAGUGUAUAACACCUCAGGUGCCGUCACCCCUCAGGAUGACCUCUCUGAGUUCACAUCCAAGCUGUCGCCCCAGAUGACCCAAUCCUUGCUAGAGAAUGAGGCUCUUAACCUGAAGAAUCAGAGUCUCGCGAGACAGACCGACCCAUCCUGCACAGCGUUUGGCACCUUCAACUCACUUGGGGGUCACCUCAUCAUUCCUAACUCAGGAGUAAGUUUGCUGAUUCCCGCUGGGGCCAUUCCCCAAGGGAGAGUCUACGAAAUGUAUGUAACUGUACACAGGAAAGAAAAUAUGAGGCCCCCCAUGGAAGACUCUCAGACCCUACUGACCCCUGUGGUGAGCUGUGGGCCUGCUGGAGCUCUUUUGACCCGCCCCGUCAUCCUCACUCUGCAUCACUGUGCAGACCCCAAUACUGAAGACUGGAAGAUCCAGCUCAAGAACCAGGCAGUGCAGGGACAAUGGGAGGAUGUGGUGGUGGUGGGAGAGGAAAACUUCACAACUCCCUGUUAUAUUCAGCUGGAUGCAGAGGCUUGCCACAUCCUCACAGAGAACCUCAGCACCUAUGCCCUGGUUGGGCAGUCCACCACCAAAGCAGCAGCCAAACGUCUGAAACUGGCCAUUUUUGGCCCCCUCUGCUGUUCUUCCCUGGAGUACAGCAUUAGAGUUUACUGUCUGGAUGACACACAGGAUGCCCUAAAGGAAGUUCUACAGCUGGAGAGGCAGAUGGGUGGACAGCUCCUAGAAGAACCCAAGGCUCUUCAUUUUAAAGGCAGCAUUCACAACCUGCGCCUGUCGAUUCAUGACAUCGCCCAUUCCCUAUGGAAGAGCAAAUUGCUGGCUAAGUAUCAGGAAAUUCCAUUUUACCACAUCUGGAGUGGCUCGCAAAGAAACCUCCACUGCACCUUUACCCUGGAAAGACUCAGCCUGAACACAGUGGAGCUGGUUUGCAAACUCUGUGUGAGGCAGGUGGAAGGAGAAGGGCAGAUCUUCCAGCUCAACUGCACUGUGUCAGAGGAACCUACUGGCAUCGAUUUGCCUCUGUUGGACCCUGCAAGCACCAUCACCACUGUCACAGGACCAAGUGCUUUCAGCAUCCCUCUCCCUAUCCGGCAAAAGCUGUGCAGCAGCCUGGAUGCCCCCCAGACAAGAGGCCAUGACUGGAGGAUGCUGGCCCAUAAACUCAACCUGGACAGGUACUUGAAUUACUUUGCCACCAAAUCAAGCCCAACUGGUGUGAUCCUGGAUCUCUGGGAAGCACAAAACUUCCCAGACGGAAACCUGAGCAUGCUGGCAGCUGUCCUGGAAGAAAUGGGAAGACACGAAACAGUAGUGUCCUUAGCGGCAGAAGGGCAGUAUUGACCGGCCAUACUGGAACUGAGGGACAAAAUUACACACAGGGAGUCUGUGUCCAGGGGAACCACAGCUGAGGAGGAAAUCCAGAUGGGACCAAGGCACUUUUCAGGCAAGAUGACAGCAGGAAAGGUGGGGGACAGACACAACCACCAAGGUACACGCCCACUUCAUUCGGACAGCACCACCACGGGAGUUAAGAAAAAUUGUGUAAAUUUGUACCUUGAAUUUCAAAGUCAAUCUAAUUUUCUCUUCGUUGGGCUGUAUGCUGUAUGGUACAGGAUCUUACAGUUUCCUAGGAAACGCUUUUUAUUGCUAUCCAGAUGUAUGGAUAAACUUUCUUAACAAACCCAGUUUCUACAAACGUUGUUUACAUCAAAUUGGACAGGGAUGCAGACACUGUCCAUGGCUUGUUCUAUUUUUGUUCCAAUCAUUUGAAGUUGAAGCUGUGGACGGUUUGUUGAGUCUAUUUAAGAUUAGUAAUUUACAGAGAAAUCACAGACUUUUGCUACAAAUCGUGUACACCAAGUGUCUCAGAUAACCCUCCCAUCAGUGUUCUGUUUCUGAAACUUGUCGGACCAGUGUUGGCAUUUGUAUCAGGGAAGUGGAGAAUCUAAAAGGAGAAAUGACUAAGAUUCCUUAUGCCAUAAGGUAACCAAAUUGGUUUCCUUAGGCAACAGAGCUGUAGCAUUGCAGGGAAGAGAGUGAUCAUGUUCCUCCACACAAACAUCUGUACCACAUGUGUUUGUAAUAUGCAAUUUCAAGUGCUUUUUAAAAAUAUUAUUAUUGAUGAUUAUUACAAAUAUUCUAGUAAAAAGCUUUUCUUUUGUUUUAGUUAGCAGUACUGUUAGUAUUUGGUAUUGACUAGACCUGUCUCCCUUUCUUGCUUAAAGAGGUGGGCGUGGUCACGAGUUUAGUUCAAUAGGCUUUGCUUCCUUGACCUUUGAUACAGAGACUGAAAUGUUCACUGGCUGUCUGCUUUUGCAGCCUGUUCAGGCAUUCUUUCUCUUCUGAAUCUUUUCAUGAGGAGGGUUCUCUAUGUAAAGCUCAUUUAAUCUUGUGGCUAUCUACUAUCUGAGAGACAGUGUGGUUUGUGGGCAAUAGUUUCUGAACUAGGAAUCAGGAAACCAAUUAUCAUUCUGGAGUUGAUCACUGUCUGACUGUGUGACCUUGGGGAAAACAUUAGAGCUCACUGUAGCUCACUAUUUAACUGUAAACCAUGGGGUGAGAUCUGAUCAUCUCCAGAUUCCAGAAUGCUAAACUCACAUUGUGAUGUCAUCAGUUUUGUUCAUCAGUUUGAAGAUUAUUAGAAACUCUGGACUGGACCAUUCAUCCCCCCAGCCUUUUGCUGGAAUAUAUUGAAUCCUUCAGACAGUAUUGACUUGAAAGGGGAUUGCUUCAACCUGCAUACAUUUAUUUGGUUCUUUGUAUCAUGGUUGCAUGUUGCUGUUCACUGAGAGAUGGCAUCUUUUUAUUAUCAUUGUCUUGUCCUCUGGAGGGAGGAGGGCUACACCCAGCCUUCCAAAUAGUUGUGAAUCUACUUCACUCAUUUAUUGAUCUCUGGAUCUCAAGACCAUUUCUACAAGGCACCCAUGCAGCUGAAGGAAUUGGUACAGUUUCUCUUCCAUCAUUAAUCUUUAAUAAUAAUCAGUUGUAUUUAUAGAGUUUAAUUAGCUCUUUUAUCCUCAAAAAGUUAGUUGUACAAACUAUGAGUUUUCUUUGGAACCAUCAUGAACUUCAUUCGGUAGAUGGAGAAUGAAAACUUAGCAGCCCCAGUCACAGUUAGCCAAACAGGGAGCACCCAUGUCCUUAAACCAGAGCCUUCAAAACAUGGCUGUGGCAUUCUUUGGGGCUGGAAGUAUUUAGUAUGCAGAAUGGAUUCCAGUUAGAAAUCAUUUUGCCCAUUUCCUCUCCUAUUUCUGUUACUUCUUGAUAUUCUCUGACUCUUCCGUCUUGGUCAUUAAAGAACUGUGGAUACGGUUGUGGAGGCUCUUCAUUCGUGCUUUUUAUCCUAUUUUGGAUAUGUAUUCUACAUUCUUUAACCAUUAGAAUAUUCAUAUGUACAAAUACUGGUCCAAGGGGAAUACUCUAUUCCUAAACAAGCUCACCAACUGAUGUCUAUAACAAUGAGUUGGUUCUAACUUUUAAGACUUUAGACAGAUACUCUUAAAAAGCAAGAAGAAAGAGUUGAGCACUGCUGCCUCUUGAAACAAAUGUGAAGAUUCCUCUUCAGUAUUGGGAUUUGGGAAUCAUUAUAAAAAUCAAAACCUAGAGAUGUGUUCUCGAUAUUUUGUAUAACUUCAAAGCUUUGUAAGAAAUAGGAGCAAAUGUGUUACUAUUCUGGUUAAUCUAUCCUAAAAACUUGCUAAGUCACCACCAGAAAUAUUAAAUACAACCAGAGCGACACUGUGGAAGCUUUUGAGGUUGGUCAUGUUCAAGCAUCUGGAGAUACUUGCUGUUUUAUUCUAUCUCUCCCAACAGGAAUAGGGAGAACAAGUGAUCUCUUAAUGAGGGACUCAUUUGUUAUAAAACUACUUUCUAUCAUGUGAAUGACAGUUUCCCAACUAGAAAAUACCAUAUCAAAUAUGUACACCAUUUUCCUUUGGAGGAGAGUAACGGUUGUCAGAUCACUGCUCUCCGGCACACAAGGUUCACCUGCCACAGUUCAUCUCAGAAGGAACAUCAUCAUCACCUCUGUGCCAUGCCUAGCUUCCACACAGUCUUGAGGAAAGCUAUGCUUCAUGAAUGUGGGAAGAAAAACUAAUCUUUUGUAUAUGGUGCCAUCUAGUGGUCCACAACAUCGUUACUCAGUUUAACAUACAGCAUACUAAAAGUUAACAGAGAGUAAGUACCUCUUGAGUUUGGCAAAAGAUUCCUGACAAAUAGACAUAGGGAAAUUUUCCUUUCAAGUGUUUAACUUCUUUAUUCAAUAUCAAAUUCAGUUAAGUCACCCAUUUCAAAAUUUUAUGAGUAUAGUACAUCAUCUACUUGCUUAUACACAUCUUAAGUUUCUUUCCUGUAACUUUAUACAAAAUCUGUAAGUUUUUGAACAUUAUCUUUUUUAUUUAUGAAUCCUCUUGAGCUUUGCAUACUUAAAUCUUUUAAUUCCAAAAUAGUAACUUUUAGAAGCAUAAAACUGUAUUCAUUGAGGAGGUGCCCCUGCCCCACAGCUACAUACACUCAAACACAUGGCAUCUCCUUGGGAAUUUUGUUGAUUUAAUAUUUUGAGAUAUAUUCUCGCUAGGCAUCUCAGGAUAGCCUCAAAUCCAUGAUACUAUUUUCAUAGGUUCUCUUUUCAGCAUCUACCAUUGCACCCGCUUUAAAAAUCUUUGUACUUGUAGAAUGUUGUGUCUACAGAAAGGGAAAUUGUGGCUGUUGGUCAAGAACAAUGAUCUUCAGAUCAUGCUGAUCUUCUAAGAUCAGGAAUUUAACAUCAGAGGCAUCGUGUUCUCAUAUUUUUCUACUCAUGACAUUAAUUCCAAUUAGCUUGAUAGCCGUGUACAUGGUGAUGGCAAGCAUGGGUCAAGGAACUCACAGCCACACAUCUUCAAAGCAGACACAUUACCUCUGCUAUCCAAAGAAUCCAUCAUCACCUGAGCAAAUUCAUCUCUUUAAGGAAAGGAUACUUUGGGGGGAUGACAGGUCCAGAACCAAACUGUAUUAUUAGCUAUUUUCAUAUAUGCUAUGAUUCUAUAGUUUUUAAUCAUUCCACUGUAAAAGAGUAGAGACUUUUUAAGGGAAAGUCACAAUGACUACACAUUGAGGGUUCUCUAGAUUUCUAGAGUCCAGAUUCUAGACAUUCAAUGGUUUUAAAGACUUUUUUUCAACAUUUGGAGGAUGGGAUCUGGACACAUCACUUCCGGAGAAAAGCAGGCAGGCUCUUGUAUUACAUCUUGGGGUGUCUCUGUUGAGGACCUGGCAGCUCUGCUCUCGGGCCACUCACACCUCCACAGUCACAGGAUGAAGGGGACUUAUAAGGACAAUGUCUUGUCCCUGAAUCCAUACAUCCACACAGCCCAUGCUCUGGGGCUAAUCAAUGUAGAACCCAAGAAGGAUGUUGGAGAGUAUGUGAUGAAAAUAGAAAAGGUUUACUUGUUCCAAGUCUUCAAGGUGAACACAAAUUUGACCUGAGCAAUCACUCCGGACAGGCAAUCCAUUUAGAAGGCAAUGUCGGUAUAAAUCCAAAGCCAGUGGCAGAAAGGAGGACGACAGAAACAUGAUGGGGGUGGAAUUAGGCUUGAGAUGUCUUUUUUGAAAAGCUUGGAAAAUCUUCUAGAACAUCACUGUUCGAACCAGUCAUUUAUAAAGAUGACAAUGGCCAAUGAGCAUCUUAUUUUAUAGAUCCAAAAGGAAAACUAUUUUUAUUAUUAUCUCAUUAAUAAAACUGGUUUUGCCUUCCGAGUGCCUCGUGGGACCAACUAUCUUAUUCCUUUGGUUUUGUAUUGCUUUUGUAUUUUUAAAGAAUACUGAGCUGACGUUGACCGAAAACCUUCUAAUUUCCCUUCUGUGCAAUGAAAUGUUGUUUCUCUGCCCCCGAGAGAUGUGUUUGUAUCACCUCUGCUUAUACUGAUCACCUUGACAGUUCCCCAGCAAUUUUUUUUAUGGAAUUGGGACUAUGGGGAAUAUACAGAUCAUAACCAAUACUAAUUGGUUAAGUUCAUGUCCAUAUAGGCUAAAUAAGCCACAUGAAGUCAUAACUGUUUCCAAAAAAGCUGACAACUAGGCUCACUUGCUUUGUGAGAGUGGAGAUGGCCUGCAUGUGCCUGGGUGGAGUAUCUCUUCAGACUAACAAUGCAGCUAUGGAUCCUUUGGUUUUAUUGGCCAUCGCCCUUGUUUUGAAAACUUACUGCCAUAGUCUUCAGAACAUUCACUGGGCUUGACUGCUUUCUUUAUUGAGCUGUGGUGGGAUAGUAAUGGGCUCCUUCAACCAACAGUAUUUUCUGUCAGAGGCCUAAAGUAUGGUUGGGGAAGUAUCCUCAGGACAAACAAACACACACCAUAAACAUAAAAGCAGGCAAACCCCAUGAGACACUACCUGCAAUUCUUCAGUAUAUUCAACUAUAUAUACUAAAGGGAUCUGUCCCAAGAUCAUCCAGAAUCCUCAACUGGAAGCCCUUGCCAUAUAUCAGGACAGUCAUGGCCCAACCCACUAGUUGUUCAAGGGAAAACCAGGGAGUGUAUGAAAUACAAUCAACUGUCCACCAGCCAUGCUAUUUGCUAUGGUGCACCAGCUUUUAUAUAUGAUUUGAGAAUUUGUGCUAUGGCGGAAUCAUAAAUUGCCCGCAACAGUACUGUUGGGCCAUUUUACAUUAGCCUAAACCAUGUGUCAUCUUUCCAUAUCAAAGGCCUAAUGCCAUGGAGCCUGGUGACACCCAGCAGUGGUGACUGUGAACCGUGGGCUGUUGUACUGAUCGGCAGCCUAAGGGUGAUGAGCUCUUGGCCUUUGAUCUUCACUCAGCACUAUGAAGCGGCAACAUCAAAGCAUCAUGAUGAGCUGUAUGUUAAACCAGUUGUAAGACAACAUACAAAACAAGAAAUCCACAGCCAGUAGAAAAUGCCUUUGCCGGUUUUGUGUUUCUGCAGUCAUUAAUAAGACCUGUAACUGUAUACAUAUGGACUUUCAUAUUUUUCUUCAGAUCUUGGAAAAGAAAGAGGAGCCAGUUGAACAUAAGACUUGUAUGCCUUCUUUCACUUUUUCCUAGACCUACUAUGGGUAGCAAUGCCCUCAACCUCCAGUCAAUGUGUUUAGCCAAGUUGCAGGGAAUAUCAUCACUGUGUGUGUGCAUUGUGUGUGUGUUGGGUAUCACAGUGUUGUAUGUAUUGAACUUAAUGUUGAGCUGGAGGGAACCAGUAACCUUCCUCUUUGUUCUAAAGAUGAAAACCAAUAUUCAUUAGAAAAAACAAUCCCCAGCUCUCUGCUAAAGAGACGCUGGGUCACCCUUGUACUGUCUUCUUUCAACCAGCUCAACUUCAUAAUUAUCAGGUUAAAAGUUUAUGCUUUGUCUGUUUUUCUCUUUUUAGCAAAAACAACACAACCUUGGCUUCUCAGAUAUGGAACACUUCUUUGUUAUAGAAUUCUGUCUUGCUGUAUCUUCUAUGCAAUUCCUUUUCUAACGACCCCUGGUGGCAGAGGAGUGCUCUGCAGCAUUCCGCUCAUCGCCUUGCUGUGUGGUGGAGGUGAGGGAUACCAGCGUUGGGUGUGCCUCUUCUCUCUCCCCAGUUGCCUCACCCAAUUUUCCGGCCGUCCCCUUGGUUUGUAAAUUGCCUGCAUUUAUUCUGUCAGCCAACAUGUACAAAAUGUAAGAAAGAAUUUUUAAACAGGUAAUAAAUUAUAUUUAUAAG